AUGACCGACUUCAAUGAGAGCUACAGCGAAGCGGCUCCUCUGAUCAACAACAACCCCGCGCUGCAAGACUACUAUGCCUCUCUCGAAAGCCGCAUCGGCUACCGUCUUAUCCUCGGUGGCACCCGCCAUUUUGGCUACUACGACUCGCCCAAUGCGUUCCCGUUGCCAUUUGGGUGCGCGCUACGACGCAUGGAAGCCAAGCUGCUCGAGUUUUUAGCGUUACCGGCGGGCUCGCAGAUUAUGGAUGCCGGCUGCGGCGUAGGACACGUCGCGCUGUACAUGGCACGGCAUGGAAUGCGGGUGACGGCUAUUGACGUGGUGGAUCGACACAUUGUGAAGGCCAAGAGGAACGUACAAAAGGCACAUCUGCCAGUAACGGUUGAGAAAAUGGACUACCACCACCUCGAGGCUAUCGCCGAUGACUCGCACGAGGGCGUCUACACCAUGGAGACUUUUGUGCAUGCGACCGACCCAGAGGCGGUGCUAGCGGGCUUUCACCGGAUCUUGCGUCCAGGCGGCCGCCUAGCACUUUUUGAGUAUGAUCAUUUGUUGGAGCAGAAUGAAGCCCCGUCGGAUCUAACGCAGAGCAUGCGCAAGAUCAACGAGUAUGCCGCCAUGCCGACCAACAGCCGAUCGGACCCAGGGCAGUACCGAAUAUGGCUGGAGGCGGCAGGGUUUACGGACGUGCAGGUGCGGGACAUCUCGGCAAACAUUCGGCCGAUGCUGCUAGUGUUCUGGCUGCUGGCAGUGGUGCCGUAUUUCUUUGUCCGGCUGCUGCAUUUGGAAAAGUACUUUAUCAAUACGGUAGCGGGCUACAAUGCGUAUCGGGGGCAGGCGUACUGGCGGUAUGUUGCAGUGACGGCGAGCAAACCAGGUGGGCCGAUUGAGGAGCGGAAGACGAAGUGA